UGUAGAAUUUUUGCCGAAUUUGCGGAUUUUUCAUAAUUGUAGCUUAAAAUUGAAAGUUUUUGCUGUCGAAAAGUGUAAAUUAAACCAAUCAACGAUGUCGGAUGCUCUAAAUCAAUUAGUAGACAUGGGUUUCCCCAAAGAUAGGGCCGAAUAUGCCCUCAAAGUAACAAACAAUCAGGGCAUGGAAGCUGCCAUGGAAUGGCUUCUCGCACAUGCCGACGAAGAAAUUCCAAAAGAAACUGCCGAAACUCCUGCCUCUGUUGUCGCCGACGAAGCACCAAAAGCCGGCGAAUCAUCCAGCUCAGCACCGCCUGCCGAAGCGAAAAGCAUCAAAUGCAACGAAUGCAACAAGUUAUUCCGCACGCAACUCGAAGUCGAAUUUCACGCAAGCAAAUCGGGGCAUUCUGACUUCUCGGAGUCGACGGAAGAGAAGAAACCCCUCACUGAAGAGGAAAAGAAGGAACAAAUGGCAAAACUCGAGGAAAAAUUGCGACAAAAACGGCUGGCACGCGAAGCUCAGGAGAAGGAAGAACAGAUUGAACGUGAAAAGUUGCGCAUCAAGUCGGGCAAAGAUCUCGCCGAAGCACGUCGCAAAAUCGAGGAAGACGAAAUGAAGAAACUCGUGGCACAGAGAAAACGUGAAAAGGAAGAAGAACGUCUUUUGCGCGAAAAAGUCAAGGCGCAAAUUGAAGCGGAUCGUCAAGCACGAAAAUUACGCGAUGCAAAAGAAGCGGGACAAGCGCUUCCCGUUCAAUCGCCGCCGCCCGUUGUUUCGCCUCCAACAGGACCAAAAACUCCCGCGAAAGAUUACACACAAACCCGAAUUCAGAUCCGCAUGACAGACGGAAGUUCUGUCGUUGAAAGUUUCGACGUCAAGGAGCAAUUGGCUGCGGUUCGAUUGUUUGUGCAGAUGAAACAGGGACCAACCAUUCCAUUUUCGCUCAUGACAAACUUCCCAAAGAAGGUUUUUGCCGACGAAGAUUACGAAAAGCCUCUUGAUGUGCUCGGUUUAGUACCAUCUGCUGUGUUGAUUGUCACAAAACCUCAAUAGUUUAACAUAAUUUUUCACAUUUUGGGGGUCUUUGAAUAAAUAUUAUACUGAUUUUGCAUUGUAAA